CCUCAAAGCCGCCGCAACACCACCGAGUGGACUUGGCCCUCCACUCUCUUCAAUUGCGACAAGGUCUCCACUAUCAACCGAAGACGCGACUGAGUCAAGAUGGUGCUGACGGCGGCGAGGCUUGUGUGUGCUAACCGCGACGGCAUGAGUGAGCUGACGCACGUAUGGGGAGCCGUGAACGAAUUCCUCGACUACUCCAACGGAUGGACGCUGGAGCGCGCAGCGGCAGAAGGCAUGAAGUUCUUGGUGCAGCACUUGGCGCUCACGGCGCCCAAGACACCGCACGACGGAAGCAACUCGCUGGUUAUGGACUUUGCUGCUAGUAACGGCCACUUGGACAUCCUCACAUGGCUGCACAGCACGGAGCAGUUGAGCGGCUGCUCGACACGCGCCAUGGAUGACGCCGCCAAAAACGGCCACAUUCCUAUUGUUCAGUGGUUGCACGCAAACCGCAGCGAGGGGUGCACCACCAAGGCCAUGGACUAUGCGGCUAGCAGUGGGCAUCUUCCGGUUGUGCAAUGGCUUCACAAGAACCGCUCGGAGGGAUGCACCAGCCGCGCAAUGGAUCUGGCGGCGCAGAACGGUCAGCUACAAGUGUUGCAAUGGCUUAACGACAAUCGCUCUGAGGGCUGUACACCAAGCGCAGUGAACUACGCAGCCACGGAGGGUCAUUUGCACAUCGUGCGUUGGCUCUGCGAGGUGCGCAAGGAGGAGUGUACGUCCAGUGCCAUGGUUAAUGCCGCACGCGGAGGACACUUGUACGUCCUCGAGUACCUGGGUGAACACUUUCCCCAACUGUUCGAGAGCGUCGGCCCCAACAUGGUCCACGCUGCCAUCGCCAACGGCCAAGCUGCGGUGUUGACCUGGCUCAUUGCCGUACUGCCGGUGAAGUCGCUCAAGUGUGAGGAGGCUGCCGGAUCGUGGAUGGACGUUGCGUCCGAGUACGGCCAGGUCAGCAUUCUAAAGUGGUUUCAUGAUCAUGCCACGGCGCUGCCUAUGAGUGUCGAUGGACACCUUCCGAACUGCACCGUAGAGGCCAUUGAGAAGGCGGCGCGCAAUGGACACAGCGAUGUUCUGGUAUACCUGUACGAGAACGAGAUGGUGAACCUCACCGUCGAGUCCGACGCCAUGAACGCGCUGGUUGCGGCAGUCGAAGGGGGUCACCGCGACUGUGUGGAGUGGCUGAUCGCAAACUUUCGCCAACUGUACGAGCAGAGCUCCCCAACGUCGACUACCGCAAUGGACGCUGCUGCCGCUGCCGGUCACGUUGAUAUUCUCCAGUAUCUGCGUGAUGAGCAAAUUCCACGUAAAUGGCAGACAAGCUCCAAGGCGGUCGAUGAGGCUGCUCGCCAUGGCUUCGUGCAUGUCCUGCGUUGGCUGCACUUCGAUCGCAGUAAUCACGUCGAGGACGAGGAGGUUGUCGACGACGAGUCCAGCGGCGAUGAGGAGGUAACAAUGACUGACUCACGCUGGGCGCCGAUCGCACUAGAGCUGGCAGCUACGAAUGGUCACCUUCCGGCGGUCCAAUGGCUUACUGAACACCACCGCGAGGUCUGCAAUAACUACGAGGCCUUCAAUGCCGCCGCCUACAUGGACCAUGUGGAGGUUGCUCAGUUCCUCUACGAGUACGUGCGCAGUUCGUGUUCUGUGGAACAGGCGCUGGAGCACGCUGAGGAAGGAGGCGCCGAGGAUACGCUUGUAUGGCUGGAAGGUCUCAACUGA